CUCCUAACCUUCAAAAUUUCCUGGGACCUAACCUCAACUUGUAAAACCUUCCAAUGUCUCAUUCCGGAGAAAUUGAUAUCUAUCGAGACACCCCCAUACGUUAUUUAGGAUAUGCAAAUGAAAUCGGUGAGGCCUUUCGUUCCAUGAUCGGCCCGAAAUGGGUUGCGGUCACUUAUGGUGUCGCCACCACCUACGUCCUAGCCGACACCGCCAGCAAGACCAAAGAUGCUCACAUACAGCACCGCGGCGAUCCGAAGACGGUGAGCUUCGUCGCGUUCGACACGUUCGCGUGGCAGAUGCUCGCCUCCGUCGUCGUGCCGGGCAUUACGAUUAAUCGAACAUGUGCGGCCGCCGGUUAUCUCCUGACGUACAAUCGAACUUUACCGUCGACGACGAAAAAGUGGAUAGUAACCGGGAUUGGACUGACAAUGAUUCCAUUCAUUAUUAAGCCCAUAGAUCAUCUGAUCGAUCGUUUGCUGGACGGGACGCUGCGAAAGUACGCCCCCGAAAAGUUUGACGUGCUCAAAGACGACCCCAAAGUUAAAAAGGGUUAAGUCCUAAGUGUUCCAUGUUGUUUUAGUUUUAGAGAAUAUAUUUACAAUUGUUUACUGUUAUAUUUGAAUGUUAUUUAAAUAAAUUGUUAUGUUUGACUCUGA